AUGGGGAAACUGCAGAGUAAAAUCAGCUUCCACACCGCCAAAUACAGGGCCGAUGGCUCCGUGGAAGAGACAGGACCUGUUCGAGCCGUUCAGCAGCACGGCCCCGCGCACACCGAUGCCGUCACUUCUGUGGCUGCUCUCAAUCCAGACCUGUGCGUGUCAGGAGGAAGGGAUAAGAGCGUGGCUGUUUGCAGCUGGAGAUCCGGGGCUGCGCUGCGGCGGUUCAUCGGGCACGAGCGGGAGGUCACCAAGGUGAGCGACAACCGAUCGAUCUUCAGUGCAUCCCGGGACAAGACGGUGAUGAUGUGGGAGCUUCACGGGACUUCGGGGCCAAGCCAGCACUUCCCAGGACAUGACCUGGUUGUUACUGGACUGGCUGUGAGCCCGGAUGCCUCCCAGCUGUGCACGGGUUCACGAGACAACACCAUGUGCAAGUGGGACACAGAGACCGGAGAGUGUCUGGGCAGAGCCGCUAUCUCCAGGAAUCUGGUCACACAUCUGUGCUGGGUUCCUGGGGAGCCUUACGUCAUCCAGACCUCAGAGGAUAAAACGAUCAGGAUCUGGGACAGCCGGGAGCUGCAGGUGGCACACACGUUUCCAGCCAAGCAGCACAUUCAGACGUGCUGCGACGUGAGCCAGGACGGGCGGUACUGCCUCAGCAGCAGCAGCGGCUCCGCUGGCGAGGGCGGCGAGGCGACCCUGUGGGACCUACGGCAGACAAGGAACCGAGUGCGUGAGUACAAAGGGCAUUUCCAGACCACGACCUCAUGCGUUUUCCUUCCACGGGGCCCAGCUCUCGCCCCCAGCAUUGCCACGUCCUCGUACGACAGCACAGUGAAGGUCUGGAACCAACACACUGGAGCCUGCCUGGCCACCUUGUGCCUCGAGGGAUCGGGACCACUGGCCUCGCUGGCCGUCUGCGACAGCUCCACGCUGCUCUGUGCCAGUUUUAACUCGGGAAUUCACGUACUCCAGAUGAGUGACCACGCGGACCUGCUGCUGGAGGAGGUGGCAGUGUUUUGA